AUGCACCGAGUACUCGCCACGACCCGCCUCUUGCGCUCGACAAACGCGCGCACAUUCGCCUCGUCGUCUUGCUGGUGCCAGUCCGAGCCCUCAAAUACCUCGGACCAGCCGCCGCAAGCCAACGCACCGCCAGAGCCGGCCGCCGCCUACUCGCUCCCGCAGGACGCCUUCGCCGGCGAGGACCACUCGUCGUCCGCCGCCUCGUUCCGCCCGUCGACUCGGCCACCGACGUCGAAACCUCGCCAGCGGCAGUUCCUCAGCACCGCCGAGGCCCAGGCGUUCGCCGACCUCCUCGGCGAGAUCCUCCCGCGCUCGUCCCGCCCGCCCGACUCUGCGUCGUCUACCGGCGGCGCACCAGGCGCAGGCGCACCUCCACCCGGGCUCUUCGACAUCUUCUCCCCGAGCACGGCCGCCGCCGGCCAGUCGCCCGAGGUCGCGUCGGGCGUGAGCCGCGUGCAGCAGGCCCUCAUGCGCAAGGUCGGGCACAAGAUGGGCGUCUCGCUCGAGCCGGGCUCGGGUCGCUUGCAGCGCAAGGCGCGCGACGAGCUGACCGAGCAGGAGGCGCUCGAGCUCGACCGCCACCGCGAGGAGCUCGCGACCCUGCGCUCGGACAAGGACGUUCUCGAGUGGGGCCUGCGCACCGUCUUUGGCCUCAGCGCGAGCUCGCGCGCCGGCAUCCUCCCCGACCCGUCGACGCUCCUCGUCGAGCUCCCGCCCUCGAUCGACGGCGACGCGGCGGGCAAGGGCGUCGCGGUGACGGUCGGCCCCUCGUCGCGCCUGUUCCCCGACCUCCUCCACCUCCUCUUCCUCUCGUUGCGCGACACGCACCGGUCCCCGAACGCCGCCCUCUCCGUCUUUGCCCUCGCCGCGUCCAACCCCUUCUCGUACAUCUCGGGCUGCACGACGGCGCUCUACAACGAGGUCCUGCGCACGCGCUGGGCAGAAGGCGACGUCGAGUCGCUCCUCGCGUCACUCGAGGAGAUGCGCGCCGCCGGUGUCGCCCUCGACGAUCGCACCCGCGAGCUCGUCUCGGCCGUCGGCGAGGCCAUGCGCGUCGACGAGGAGCGCGCCGACGUGCGCGUGUCGGCCCUCGUCGACUCGAGGCAGCUCGGCGGCGCGACGGGCAUCCUCGACGAGCGCGAGCGCCAGGUCGAGGUCCUCAAGCGGCGCUUCUUCUCGGCGCACCAGGUCGACGCGUGGGGCCGCAUGGACCGCAUCGUCGAGGAGAACUUGUCCGAGAUGGCGCGCGAGCGGCGCGAGCGCGACGAGGACCGGUGGCACGCGCAGGAGCACGCGCGCCUCUCGCUCGACGACCUCGAGCGCGACGCCGCCGAGCGCGAGCGGCCGAGCCUCGUGAGCCGGCGCAGCCUGAGCCCGUACGACGAGGGCCAGUCGGCGUACUCGUCCUCCUCGUCGUCAGGGCGCCGAGGCGGCGCCUCGUCUCGCGGCGGGGGAGGGCAGAUGACCGAGUCUGGGUGGCGGGACCCCGUGCCGGAGCGCGACGAGGACGGGCGCCUGAGCCUCCCGAAGCGGCCGUCGUUCGCCAACCCGUACAAGAUUCGCCGCAAGUCGUUGACCAAGGCCGAGAAGUCGUCCAAGGACAACAAGCACCCGGCGCUCUGGUGGAAGAACUGAGCUCGCCCUCUCUCUCUCCUCCCUCUCCCUUUGCCCCCUGUAGCUGCCCUCGCGCGCCUCGUCCCUGUCCUCUCACACCCCUCGCAACUCGCACUUUCUCGCACUU